AUGGUUUUAAAAAAAGAGUACAGAAUAUGUAUGCCACUGACAGUGGAAGAGUACAAAAUUGGGCAACUGUAUAUGAUUGCUCGACACAGCCAAGAAGAAUCAGUUUUGGGAGAUGGAGUUGAAGUUAUUCAUAACAAUCCUUGUGAAGAUCCCAUACAUGGAAAGGGUCAAUACACUGAAAAAAAAUUACAUUUAUCUAAUAGAUUACCCUAUUGGAUUCAAUCAUUCCUUCCUAGAGUUUUUUAUGUUGUCGAAAAAUCAUGGAAUUAUUAUCCGUAUACCAUAACGGAGUAUACUUGCUCAUUUAUUCAAAGAUUUCACAUUCUUAUAAAAACAAAAUUUCAAAAUGAUGAUGGAUCAAGUGAAAAUUGUUUGGGUCUUACUUCUGAAGAAUUAUCAGAAAGAACGAUUGAAUAUUUAGAUAUUGCAUAUGAUGAGAUAAGUGCUAGGAAGUAUAAAGAAGAAGAAGAUCCUAGAUAUUUUCAAAGCAAGCAAACUGGUAGAGGACCUUUGAUUGAAGGUUGGAGAUUUUCAUCUCAGCCAAUUAUGUGUUCUUACAAAUAUGUUCAAGUCAGUUUUGAAGUUUGGGGAUUGCAGACUAAAGUCGAAGAUUUAAUCCAUAGGAGCAUUCAAGAAGUUUUACUUCUUGGACACAGACAAGCAUUUACAUGGAUCGAUGAAUGGUACGGAAUGUCAUUAGCCGAUGUAAGACUUUACGAGAGUCAAAUGCAAAAGGAGACCAAUGCCAAGGUAGUUCGUCCAGAAGAAGUAAAAGACGUAGAAGAAGAAAAAGAAUCUGAAAAUAAUAUUCCUCAAAGUACCGAAUUGGUCGAAAAUGUUGAUUCACCUAAAGGCGGAAGAAAAAGUUGGUUUUCUUGGUCUUAA